AUGGCUGAAGGUUCCAAAACACCUUCUACUCAAGAUGACACUGCGAAUAGCCAAAAUGUCCUCCCGAAUGAUUCGUUUGUAAACUUAAUCGGACGACAAUCUAAAUUAUUUGAGGAAUUCGGCAAACAUCAAACUAAAGUGUUCGAAGAAUUUGGUAAACAACAAACUAAAAUAUUUGUUGAAUUCGGUAAUAAAAUGAGUAUAGAAUUACAAACUUCUUAUCAAGAAUAUCUUAAGCAACAAGUUGAAAACACUGUUAAAGCAGAAAAGAAUUCCCUUCAAUUCGAAAAGGUUUGCAGGAAAUAUGAGGAAGAUAUUGUUUCUCUAAGAGCUCGUAUUGAAGAAUUAGAAUCUGAAUCGAUUAUUAAAAAUCAGAACGUUGAUAAUCUUCUGCAAGUAACUAAAAAUUUAAAAAAGGAUUUUCAAUUAAUUCUCGAAAAUAAUAACAAACAAGUGGAAUUUCAAGAUGUUGAUAAUGAAAAUUGCAAAGUUUUGGAAAUUCCGGAAAUAGAUUCCAUCUUGACGAAAGAUGAUAAUUGCAAAAUUCCUGAGGAAGAACCUUCUUUAACAAAGGAUGAAAGCUGCAAAGUUUUGGAAAUAUCGGAAUUAAUUAAUCAAUUAGAUUCCAGUGAAAUGCUUGAGGAAUUUAUCGUGAAGCGCGCUAGGCGGCCAGAAAAGCCAGGUAUCUUAGGUAAAGAGGUUAUGUUGAAGGCAAACUUCAUAGGCGUUACUAAUUUUGGUUAUCCGGAAAUAUAUUUUUAUUCUUUUAAAUUUAACGGAAUAACAGUAUUAUCAGUUAAAGGCAAAGUAAUACAAAUGAAAUUGUCCGAAUUAUUUGGGCCAAACACUUUUCCAGUUUAUGACGUUAGUCAUGUAUAUUCACCAACCAAACUUGCAAUAGGUCAUACCAAACAAACAAUGAAUCAUGAUAUCACAGUACCUGGAGUUGACGGUUCAGGACGGGGAAAAACUUUCAGAGUCGAAAUCAAACAUCAAGGAAAGAUCAUCCUUAAUACCAUUAGAGAUUACGUUAAAAAUAACUCAAAAACUCCUUGGGAUGGAAGAAUCCAAAGUAAUCUGAGUGCUUUAAAUGCUUUUGCAAAUAACAAAGUUUUAUCAGAGUACUUUUCUGUGAUGAAGGCCAUCUUUCCACCUUCUUGUGUUAACAAUCCUAUUUAUUUGCCGGGAGGCAUUGAAAUGAGAUAUGGAUUUUUUCAAUCAAUAAGGCCUGGAUGGGGAAGGCUUAUAAUAAAUGUGGGUACACGUGCUACCACCUUUUAUCCAGCGGCACCUAUAAUUGAUAUUAUACCCAAAAUAUUUCGCGAAAAACAUGAAAAAUCAAGAGAUGAUUUAAGACAAGGUCUUGAUCAAAAUGAAAUUGACUUUCUUAAUAAGUACCUUAAAGGUGUCAGAGUGUUUGUGACUCUAAGAUCAGACUAUCGCAAACAAAAAUAUAGAGUGUUUCGUGUUGAUCGACAAUCAGCUGAUGUAGCUAGAUUCAAACAAGGCAAUAAAGAGAUUACAGUUGCUAAAUAUUUCAGAGAUACUUAUGGACGAACCCUGCAAUUUGCGCAGUUACCAUGUAUUGUGGUUAAACCACAGGACAGGUCUUUAACAUAUUUUCCUAUCGAAGUAUGCGAAAUCUGUCCCGAGCAAAGAUAUCUUAGGAAAUUGCCAGUUGAUGCUCGAAGAGAAAUGGUUCGAAUAACUACCGUUAGACCACAGGAUAGAUUUGAUAGUAUUGAAAGAGCCAUUAAAGAAAAUUUUAAACCCAACGACAACGAAAAUUUGCGUUCUAUUGAUUUGGUUAUAGAUCCAGACUUUAUCAAAGUUAAAGCUCGCAUUCUCCCACCACCAAAACUAACAUCUAACGGUACAAAUUUUAUCCCACAAGGGGGAAGUUGGUAUUUGAGAAGAUUUGCAGACUGUCCUGAUAUUUAUAAUUGGUCGGUAAUGGUGUUUGCAAACAUAAGUGAAUUUCCUCCAGAAUUAAUAAGGAAUUCUAUGAAAAUACUGCGUAAUUCUUUGUGUGAAAAAGGCUUGAAUGUCUCAACAGAUCCGUCUAUCGAAUAUGGCAAUCCGCAGUCCAAUCUUGAAAAGGCGUUAGCACUCGCUUACCAAAAAGCUCGGAUAAGAAAAGAUAGACCACCUCAGCUUAUUGUCUGUAUAUUGAAAGGGUUUUCAUCCCUUUACACCGAAAUAAAACGGAUUUGUGGUACAAUACUUGGCGUAGUUUCUCAAUGUGUUUUAGUUAACAAAGUUCUUAAUCCUAAUCAUUGGAGAAUGAUAUGCAAUAAUCUUGCUUUGAAAAUUAACGGAAAAUUGGGUGGUAAAAACUCUGCUUUGGAUGUUAAAGAACUCAAUUUUGGAACGAAUAAAUCGUAUAUGGUUUUUGGUGCACAGGUUCUCCAUCGUGGCUAUGACGAAAGAAGUAUUGCUGCAAAUCUCGAAGGAAUGGUGGUAGAAUUGAUAAAACAAUUUCAACGAAGAAGCAAUUUACUGCCUUUCCAAAUUGUGUUUUACCGUAAUGGUGUCGGUGAAGAUAAACUUGAACACGUUCUCCAUGAGGAAGUUAUGGCACUAAAACGCGCCUUCGAUCGAGUUUACAGCGAUAAGGAUCAAAUACCACAAUUAACUUAUAUUAUCGUUCGAAAACGUCAUAGCGUACGAUUUAUGCCUGUUCGGAAAGAAGACGCUGAUAGAAGUGGUAAUUGUCAACCUGGGACAGUUGUGGACACUGAAAUUGUAGUACCUCAGGAAUUUGACUUUUAUUUGCAGUCCCAUGCAACACCUACUGGAACAGCUGUUCCAAUGUAUUAUCAUGUAUUAUUAAAUGAAACUAAGUUUGCCGUCGAUGCUAUACAACACUUAACUUAUAAACUAUGUCAUGUUUCUGCCAGAUGUAAUGUUGCCAUAUCUCUAGUGAUACCAGUUUUUUAUGCUAAGUGUAUUGCCAAACAAGUCAAGUGUUUCUUUAAAUGGGAUAGCACUGACGAUACAAAUUCGUAUGUAAGAAUCAAAUCCGAAAUUGAGAAUACAAUGUAUUUUAUUUAG